AGGAAGAAUGUCCUUCGAUACUACCGCUAGGUGGUUUUUGGAGACAAAUAGCAGACAGCUGGCAUCACAUCUCACCAUUGAGUCCGCAGUACCCUUGGUCUCUCUGUUGCGAAAAUCACCAGUAUGGCUACUUCGAAAUUCGCCAAUGUGGAAAGUGCUCCUCCAAUUGAAGUAUUCGCUUUAAAUAAAGCAUAUGUGGAUGACACUUUUCCUCAAAAAGUAAAUCUUGGUGUUGGAGCAUACAGGACAGAUGAGGGGAAACCAUGGGUUCUUCCAGUUGUCCGUCAAAUGGAGCAGCAACUAGCAGCUGAUGAAACCCUCAACAAGGAAUACCUUCCUGUUUUGGGAUUUGAACCUUUGGCCAGUGCAGCAACUCGCAUGUUGCUUGGUUCUGACUCUCCUUCUCUGAAAGAAGGGAGGGCUACAGGCAUCCAGUGCUUAAGUGGAACUGGAGCUUUACGUGUAGGAGCUGAAUUUCUUGCCCAUAUUGGAAAGCAUACUGUUGUAUACUCAUCCAAUCCCACCUGGGGUACUCUAUAUAGCUUAAAUGUAAUUGAAUCAACAUUAAAAUUGAUUUAUGUUAUAGGCAAUCACAGUUUGGUGUUUUUAAGUGCUGGAUUCUCAACCUACAAAUCCUACCGUUAUUGGGAUGCAGCAAAGAAAGCUUUAGAUUUCGAUGGUUUGAUGGAAGAUUUGCGUAAUGCUCCUGCCAAUUCCGUCAUUUUACUUCAUGCGUGUGCACACAAUCCCACUGGAGUUGAUCCUACCCAGGAUCAAUGGAAGCAAAUUGCUGAUUUAAUUGAGGAGCGUGGAUUGUUCCCUUUCUUCGACUCAGCGUACCAAGGUUUCGCUUCCGGAGACUUGGACCGCGAUGCCUGGGCUGUCCGAUAUUUCGAUUCUCGUGGAUUUGAAAUGGUCUGCGCUCAGUCAUUCGCUAAAAACUUCGGACUCUACAAUGAGCGAGUUGGCAAUUUGACUUUCGUUGCCAAGGAUCGUGCAGUUAUCGAACCCGUUCGCUCGCAGAUUACUCUAUUAGUCCGUGCCAACUAUUCCAAUCCCCCUAAUCAUGGUGCCCGUAUCGUCGGCACAGUGCUAAACAACCCUGCUUUGACCGAACAAUGGAAAGGCCACAUUAAAACAAUGGCUGAUCGCAUUAUUUCCAUGCGCCAUGGUUUGAGGGAACGCUUGGAGAAAAUGGAGACACCUGGAACGUGGAAUCAUAUUACAGACCAAAUUGGAAUGUUCUCUUUCACAGGACUUGGCCCUCUUGCAGUUGACAAGCUGAUUGCGGAGCAUCACAUUUACUUGCUCAAGGGUGGCCGAAUCAACAUGUGUGGAUUGAAUACUGGUAACAUUGAUUACGUGGCCAAGUGCAUCCAUGAAGUGGUCACCACUACCCAAGAAGCCAGUCUUUAAAGCAAAUCGCAACUUGCAAAAAGAAGUAGUAAAUCGGCAGUGCUGAAUGUUUUACUUCAUUCAUUCGUUAUUUUACUUUACUCAUUUUUUAUGUUUGAUGUGUACAGUAGCGGUAUUGGUGGCAGUCAAGUCUUAACAUUAAUAUAAUUAAUAGGUUCAGGCAGAA